AAGUUGGCAGAAAUGAAAUGAAAGAAAUGAAAGGCGUGGAAACAACUUUUUUUAAUGAUUCGCUUUAGUUUUAACACAGUGCUACUUUUUGGUGCACAAGUUACGAGAAGCUCAACAGAAAGACUUCAGCAAUGGCAGAGCAGAGGUUUAACAACACACCCGUCAAUCUAAAACCUAAAAAGCGAUGCCAGUCAAAAGUUAAAACAAAGGAAAACACCAUGUUUGAAGAAAUGAACAUGAAAAAUAAAGGAACUAAACGAACUUCUGACACAAACGGUUACCCUUUAAGUCUUUCAGUACGAAGGCAGGAAGAAAAUUUAUAUGAAGAAAUGAACGUGAAAAACAAAGAAACUAAACAAACUUCUGACACAAAUGAUAAGCAGUGUGCAUGUAUAAAAUCUUGUACAUCAGUAACCGCUUGCUGGGGUGUUCUGUUACUGAUCAUGGCCCUUCGCAUCUAUUUUACCACAUUGUUAAUUCAUAAGAACGAAGACUUAACGAGGAGUCAACUCAACUGGACAAACACCUCAACUGCCUUUGAAACACAGAUCAGAGACCUCACUGCAGAAAACCAGAACCUAACAGAACAAAUAAAACUCAUGAAGAUGGAGCUCAGUCUUGGUCCAGAAAAGUCAUGCAAACAUUGUGAGGAGGGCUGGCUCCACUUUGAGUGCAACUGCUAUGCAAUUAAUGAUGCUGAACCUCAUGAGCAGAAAACCUGGGAAGAAGCUCGAGAAAACUGCAAGGGAAAGAUUUCCGAUUUGGCUGUUGUAAUUAAUGCAGCAGAAAAGAAAUAUAUCAGUGAGAAAAGCUGGAAGAGUUCAGGAGAAAAAGGAUACUGGAUUGGUCUGAGAGUUGAAAAUGGGAAAUGGAAAUGGGUGGAUGGAAGUUAUCUGACUAAUAACUCCUGGAUUCAGCAGCCUCCUUCUGAUGGUCUCUGUGUAAUUUCUGUCCAAAACGAAGGAUUUAAAUCAGUGAGCUGUGACAAGAAGAAACAAUGGAUUUGUAAAAAGAGACUCUAACUAUUUGAAUUAGCGCAGUUAGACUUCAGAAGACCUUUGUAAUCUACCAUGAUAUCAUGUCUACCAUGAGAUGGGAGUACGUUCACUCCUUUUCCAGAGUUUUCUGGCAUACCACACACAUCCUAAGGUCAUGAGAGAGGCCCUAUCUUCUCUUUCUUUUAUAUGGUAUGGCAAACACAUCUACACAUGGCCAGAGGGGCCGAUGGCGCGAUAUGGCAGCCUCGCCUCUGUCAGUCUGCCCCAGGGCAGCUGUGGCUACAACCGUAGCUUGCCUCCACCAGUGUGUGAAUGUGAGCGUGAAUGAAUAAUGGCAUUGUAAAGCGCUUUGGGUGCCUUGAAAAGCGCUAUAUAAAUCCAGUCCAUUAUUACAUACACACGCAUACCUACACGUACACACAGACUGGUACUAUUUGUUCACACACAUGCCUGUUUAAGAUGUCAUAUGUUAAUGAAACUAUGCAUAUUCAUGUAACCACAAUAAAGAGCAGUGCUACGGAGGGGCUGACCGAGAGUGACGGAGUUCAAGCGGGAACAGCGUUCGGUCCCGGUCACCUCCCUCAUGCACAAGAUAACACAAAGA